UGCGCGGGGUUUUUAUCCACUCUGGCAACCCCAGUCUCUCCGAGUGAGCAGGAUGUUUGGGUUCGUCGCUGUUUCAUAAGAAGUGAAGCCGCAGCCUGAGUGUGAAAUCUGACUGUCUCUGACUCUCAGAUGAAAGUGGCAUGAGGAGGAAGCUGGAGUCGAAUUUUCAUCAUGUGACAAAUCAUCUCCGAGUGUCAUUGUGGGAAAUCUAACCUUCCAGAACAUUCCGUGAAACCUGAGGAUGGGGCGGUUCUGCGGGUCUUUGAGGCGCGGCUUGGCGAGAUGUUGCUCCGUGGCGGUGCUGCGCUCACGUCUCCCCGUCCUCACGUGGCUGCCGGCGUACACUCUGAGCUGGCUGAAGAUGGACGUGCUGGCGGGACUCACCGUGGGACUGACCGUCAUCCCUCAGGCCCUGGCAUACGCCGAGGUGGCCGGUUUACCCGUGCAGUAUGGUCUGUACUCCUCCUUCAUAGGCGGUUUUGUUUACUGUGUGUUCGGGACAUCGAAGGAUAUCACCCUGGGCCCGACCGCCAUUAUGUCUCUGCUGUGUUAUUUGUACGUCAGAGGAGACCCGGUGUACGCCGUGGUGUUGGCGCUGCUGUGUGGAGUCAUCCAGCUCGCCAUGUCUUUACUCAGACUCGGUUUCCUGCUGGACUUUAUUUCCUAUCCUGUAAUAAAGGGCUUCACCUGCGCAGCGGCCGUGACCAUCGGCUUCGGGCAGGUCAAAAACAUUCUGGGUGUGAAGGACGUUCCUCAGCAGUUCUUUCUGCAGGUCUACUACACUUUCCAGAAACUGCCUGAGGCCAGGGUUGGAGACGUGAUCCUGGGUCUCUUCUGUCUGGUAUUCCUGCUGUCGAUGACGCUGAUGAAGAGUUCCCUGGGCCGUGGUGGGGAGAACCCGUCCGUUCCAGUGAGGGUGUCUCGGGGUUUGGUGUGGACGCUGGCGACUGUCCGGAACGCACUGGUGGUCUUAGCAGCGACGUGUGUGGCGUACGCUGCUGAGGUCACGGGUCACAGUUUCUUUACUCUGACGGGGAAAACGGCUGCAGGACUUCCUCCUUUCUCAGCCCCGCCUCUUUCUGAGACGACAGCCAAUGGCACACUGAUAUCGUUCGGCCAGAUCGCGCGCGAUCUGGGAGGCGGUCUGGCCGUUAUACCGCUGAUGGGCGUCCUGGAGAGCAUCGCCAUCGCUAAAGUGUUCGGAAGCAAGAAUAAUUACCGCAUCGAUGCCAACCAGGAACUCUUUGCUAUCGGACUCACCAACAUCUUGGGGUCAUUUGUUUCUGCCUAUCCCGUCACAGGCAGCUUUGGGAGGACUGCUGUAAACUCUCAGACUGGAGUGUGUACACCUGCAGGGGGGAUAGUCACAGCCGUGGUGGUCCUCCUGUCUCUCGCCUUCCUCAUGCCGCUGUUCUCCUACAUCCCCAAGGCUUCCCUGGCGGCCGUCAUCAUCUGCGCCGUCGCUCCGAUGGUGGAGAUCAGAGUUCCCUCGCGCCUCUGGAGAGUCAGAAAGCCGGACCUGCUCCCGUUCUCCGUCACCUUCCUGCUGAGUUUCUGGGAGGUGCAGUACGGCAUCAUGGGAGGCGUCGUGGUCUCAGGGCUCAUGCUGCUCUAUCUGGCGGCCACACCUGAGCUCAAGGUGACGGAUCAUCAUCACGUGAUGGUGGUGGAGUUGGGAAGCGGAAUCCAUUUUCCUGCUGUAGAGCGCGUCAGUGACGUCCUGCGUGCACACGCGCUACACGUAUGUCCUCCUCGUGGCGUUCUGUUGGACUGUCAGCACGUCAGCAGUAUCGACUACACAGUGGUGACUGAACUGCUAGAUCUCUUGAGACAGUUUAAGCUUUGCGGUGUCUCUCUGGUCUUCUCAGGACUAAAGUACUCGGUGUUGGAGGUUUUAUUAGCAGCUGAACUUCCAGGCUUCAGACACACGGACAGCGUGGAGGCGGGACUUCAGCUCCUGAUCACCAACGCGGACGACUACAGCGACGCCUGACACUCUGCACUCUCUCCUCCAAUCAGCAACGAGAUCUGAGACUCAUCACAGGGCGCCAAGCUGGUCAUUAAUACCUCGAGUGAGCAAAACCAAUGACUGGACGCGCCGGCGGGCGUACAGGAAGUCACCGACCUCAGUGUGAGAUUAGUUUAGAGUUUGGAGUUUAGUGACCUUGACUUUGAGACCAAAUCCUUUUGCACAGCUGGAUGCAGACGGCACUAAUAACUUAAAAAAAAACCUCACUGCAUUAAUAUUUUCUUCUCUUUAUAAAAUAGAUUUAUAGCAAAAUACAGAAGAACUAGCGACUGUUAGCUAGCAGCUAGCUAGCGUGGGUCUUAAUUUUUGUAUUAAUUCACUUAAUUGAAAGUGAAUUUCCUCUGUAUAUUCAUGGCUUAUUAGGCGACUCAGAAUACACUUCUGUCAGUUAUGGAUCUCCUGAACCCACUUGACAGGAUGGUCGCUAAUAGCUAGCAUGAUUCUCAAAGACAGUUCAUAAACACACAACACUUGCGUAGUGUUAUAAAGGGUGUAGUACUUUCUAAAGAGAAAAAUAGAUUAUUGUACAAUUUUGCACUACAACGAGGUGGUAGCAUGCUAACGUAGCAUCAGGCAGCUAGCACACAACAUUCCUGUUUAGCAUCACGUUUCUGAACUCAUUUCUCCAAUGAUGGUGCAAUAAUACGUUUGGAUUUUGUAAACUGGAGCUGCGGGAGUAACUGGAGCUUUUAGGAACCAUGUGCCUUGUUAAUGAAAUGUCUAAAGCUCAGACCUUUUCAGACAUUUUACAGACCAAGUUCAUAUCUUUAAAUAGAAAGUAGUUUGUUGCGUUUAAAACACUGUUAGCAUUUCACACUGGUGCAAAAAAAAACAUGCUAGAUCACUAACUGUUGUUUUUUUACCUUAAAACGCGGUCUGUUUUUAGGAAAACUGACUUUACUUUUAGAUAAAGUUAAUGAUUUUACUUGAGACUAAAAUCACUUUGGUUUCUUUUAAAGUUUGCCGUCACCUUUGUAUGUUUGUGACACGGAUCAGAUUUUCUGGUUUUAAAAAAACUUAAAAAGUGAUAGUUUAUAUGAUUCUGACUGUGUUUUGAUGUAACGUGUUAUGUGGAGGUAAAGUAUUGCAUUAUUUAGCACUUUUUAUUAAAUAUAUUUGAGUAAAUAUCUUUCUGUGUAUCUGCGAUAUACAGUAUAUGAAGUCAUAUAACAGAAACAGAAAUCACAUGAUUUUUUUCAUUUUAAAUAGUCAGACUGAAAAUAUCUUUAAAUAUCUGUUAUUGUAAUUUUAACCAGUGUAAGUAUGAAUCCAAUGAUGUAAACAUUAAAGCACUUUUUUUAAGUCGCUAUGGAUAAGAGCGUCUGCCAAAUGCCUAAAUGUAAAUGUAAAUGUAACCACUCACUCAUUACUAACUUUUUUUAACAGAAUAUUAGGAAUAAACAUUUAUGUCUGUACUAGUGAUUUGUAAUAAUAGACUAACAAAAACUAUGGAUUUUAAAUUUGUUAAGCACUUAAAUGUAAAUGAAAGUAACCUGGUCUACAGUACCGCCUCAGCAGAGCCACACACUUAUACACCGCCCGCCGCCGUGACACGACACACUGAUGCAGUAAUUCAUGAUAAAAGAGCCAAGGGCCAGGUAAUGAGACGUCGGCCAUUUCUGUAAUAUAAAUCCUUUUUUCAUUGGUCGUCAGGAAUAUUUUGUUGGAUUUUCAUGAGUAAACUGUAAUCACUAAAAUAAAAUAAAAAACAGGCUUUAAAUAUUUUAUUUACAUUUUAUUAAUCGUGUAAUUAAUAAGGUUGUAGCGUUGGACUAUGGUACGAGAGGUUCCAGGUUCAAAUCCCACGACCAUCAAGUUGUCCCUGUUGGGCCCUUGAGCGAAGCUCUUAACUCCCAACUGCUCAGAUGUACAUCGAGUCGCUCUGGAUAAGGGCGUCUGCCGAAUGCCUAAAUGUAAAUUAAUCUAUAAUAUACAAGAGUUUCAAUUUUCUAUCAGUCAGCAUUGCAGUGUUGGUUUGUAUCACAGAGUGAAGGUGCUGUACUUUAUCUAACACUACAUCUCAUCAGGUCUGUGCGGCAUCCUGGAGCUCACUACACACCACCACUGAAGUUAGAUUUAAAGAAGAUUUAGAUUUGAAAGUUGGUUUAGUUAACAGUCUCUCUAAAGUUCUGACUGAUGUCCGCUUGGACCUGGUGUGUCAUGGAGGUAGAAAAGAAAACUCUUCAGGAAAGAUCGAGCGCAUUACUGUAGAUGUUGAAUAAUGACGCUUAAGUCAGAAUAGAUACACAGCAUCAAUAAUCACAGAGUUACUCUGUACUGGGAGUGUUAGAGGUCUGUAGAAUUUAUUUUCCAUCUUUUUGAUCGCGUGAUUUACAGUAUGAUUUAGGUUUGCUAUUAAAGUUGUCUUUGGCUUAUAAUUACAAUAAAUGUACAAUUAUUUUAA